UGGAGAGGAGGUGGAGGGUUUAGUGUCUCCGUUAUGGAUUUCUCUGUGAACCUGGUCCAGAUCUGCUGUUUGUUUCUUCUUCUGCUAGUCAGACUGAAGCCCUGCUCCGGAUCCGGGUCCGUGCUGCUCAACGCCUCGGUGGGACCCGGUUGGAUUUAUCACAUUGACCGGGAUUUAACUCCCGGUUCCGUCCUCCGCUUCAUCCACAUCCAGAGACGAACCGGGGUCGUUUUUCUCUCUGGAGUGCCCAGAUGCGGGUUCCGGAGGAGAAACUCUUUUCCGGUCUAUGUUCAGCUCCGAUCCCUGACUGAUCCACAGGAGUCCAUCGUGAUCCGCCUCCGGCUGCUCCUCCACAGCCGGGACUGUGUGAUCCGACCCGCGGGACAGUCCGUCAACUCAGCGGUAAGCGUUCACUUGACGCUCCGGUCCGGCACGGUGCCGCCAUGCGCCCUCACCGACCACCUGCGGAGCAAAGUUCAUCAUCACCUGCCGCAUUUCCUGCGCAGAAACCAACAUUUUCAGAUUUCCUGCGCAGCUAAAGGUAAGAAGAAAAGUUUCUCUGGUGGUUUUAGUCCUGAAUGUUUGACGUCUGAGCUGGAGGCGGUGUGCGCGUUGUGGGACGCUCGCAGCCACCGUACCUCCACGCUCGUGCUCCUGAAGCUCCGCCCCGCCGACCCACCUGCUGACGUAACUCCAGUGUUUGCUAAGCGCAGAAGACGUGCACCUGUGAACUCAGCGCCUCACUUCCAGCUGCCCAACUAUCAGGUCUCUGUACCCGAGAACGAGCCAGCGAGGACACGUGUCAUCACGCUGAAAGCUCUGGAUGGAGACCUCGGAGCCGCUGGCCAGGUGAGCUACCACAUGGAGGCUCUGUUCGACAGCCGGUCCAACGACUACUUCCAGAUCGACCCGUUCACCGGCGGCAUCUCCACCCUGCAGCCACUGGACCGGGAGGUCAAGGACACGCACGUCUUCAGGGUCGUUGCUACUGAUAACGGAGAGCCGAGGAAGUCAUCCACUGCGUACCUGACCGUCACUGUCAGUGACACAAACGACCAAGGGCCGGUGUUUGAGCAGACCGAGUACAGGAUCAGCAUCAGGGAGAACGUGGAGGCUGGGUUUGAGAUGCUGACCAUUAGGGCGUCAGAUGGAGACGCUCCGUCCAACGGCAACAUGAUCUACAGGAUAAUCAGCGAGGAGGACACCGCUCCCUUUGAGAUCCAUCCCAGGACCGGGGUGGUACGGGUGACAGAGCGUCCCGACAGGGAACGAGUAGCUCAGUACCGGUUGGAGGUGGAGGCCAGCGACCAAGGCAGAAAUCCAGGACCUCUCACCUCCACGGCCACCAUGUUCGUCAGUGUUGAGGAUGAGAACGAUAAUUAUCCACAGUUCAUCCAGAGACGCCACGUUGUCCAGAUGUUGGAGAGCGUGGCAGCGAACACCAGAGUGACUCAGGUGGAAGCCACAGACGAGGAUGAGGGCGACAACGGCAAAGUCCACUACAGCAUCAUCAGUGGCAACGUCAGGGGCCAGUUCUACAUCCACUCCCUGACCGGCGUCAUCUUCCUCAUCAGCCCUCUGGACCACGAGACUGUCAGGGAGUACAACCUGCGGGUCAAAGCUCAGGACGGCGGCCGCCCUCCUCUCAUUAACACCACCGGGCUCGUGGUCGUCAGGGUGGUAGAUGUGAAUGACAAUGCCCCCAUGUUCGUCAGCACGCCGUUCCAGGCCACCGUCCUGGAGAACAUGGUCAUUGGUCACUCUGUGAUUCACAUCCAGGCCAUCGACGCCGACUCUGGUAACAACUCUCACUUGGAGUAUCGGCUGACGGACGCAGCACCGGAUGUCCCCUUCACCAUCAACAAAAGCACUGGGUGGGUGACAGUCACCGGCGAGCUGGACAGGGAAACCACAGAGUUUUACAUGUUCGGGGUGGAAGCCGUGGAUCAUGGAGUUCCUGCCAUGUCGUCCUCCGCCUCUGUCAGCCUGACGGUCCUCGAUGUGAAUGAUAAUGUUCCCACGUACACUCAGGCGCUGUACAACAUUAAGAUCAACGAGGACGCGGCUGUGGGAACCAGCGUGCUGCUGCUGUCUGCUGUCGACCGCGAUGCCAACAGCAUCGUGAUCUACCAGAUCUCCAGUGGAAACACCAGGAACAGGUUCUCCAUCACCAGCCAGAGCGCUGGCGGUUUGAUCACCUUGGCGUUGCCGCUGGAUUACAAGCAGGAACGACAGUAUGUCCUGACGGUGACCGCGUCAGAUGGCACACUCCAGGACGCCGUGCAGGUUUAUGUCAACGUCACUGAUGCCAACACGCACCAGCCGGUGUUCCAGAGCACCAACUACCAGGUGAUGCUGAGCGAGGACCGGCCUGUUGGCUCCACCGUGGUCACCAUCAGUGCCACGGACGAAGACACGGGAGAGAACGCUCGCAUUAGUUACAUCAUGGAGGACAACGUGCCGCAGUUUAAAAUCCACCCGGGAACAGGCGCCAUCACUACACAGACUGAUGUGGACUACGAGGACCAGGCCUCCUACACCCUCGCCAUCAUCGCACACGACCACGGCAUCCCUCAGAAAUCAGACACCACGUACGUUGAGAUCAUAGUGCUGGACGCCAAUGAUAACGCUCCACAGUUCCAUCGGGACCUCUACCAGGGCUCUGUGUUCGAAGACGCUCCGGUUCACACCAGCGUGCUGCAGAUAUGCGCCUCCGACCGAGACUCUGGUGCUAACGGCAGAGUCAGCUACGCCUUCCACAGCAGUGAAGAUGGAGACUUCUUCAUCGAGCCGUACUCUGGCAUCAUUAGGACGGCGAGGAAACUGGACCGAGAGAACGUGGAGGUGUACCACCUCCGAGCGGUUGCUGUGGACAAAGGUGUCCCCCCUCUCAGAGCCACAGUGGACGUCCAGGUUUCUGUCCUGGACAUCAAUGAUAAUGCUCCUGUGUUUGAGGAAGACGAGAUGAACCUCUAUGUGACAGAGAACAGUCCUGUGGGCUCCGUCAUUGCUCGAAUCACCGCAACGGAUCCUGACGAGGGAACGAACGCUCAGAUCCUGUUUCAGAUUGUGGAAGGAAAUGUCCCCGAAGUCUUCCAGCUGGACAUCUUUAACGGGGACCUCAUCGCGCUUGCUGACUUGGAUUAUGAGUCAAAAUCCAAGUUUACCAUCAUCGUCCAGGCCACUUCGGCUCCAUUAGUGAGCCGUGCCGCCGUCCACAUCCACUUGCUGGAUGUCAACGACAACGUCCCUGUCCUGCAGGACUUUGAGAUCAUCUUCAACAACUACAUCACCAACCGGUCCGACACCUUUCCUGCUGGAGUGAUCGGGUCGGUGCCGGCCCGGGACCCAGAUGUGACUGAUAAACUGAGGUUCAGUUUUUUGGAGGGAAAUGAGCUGAACCUGCUGAUUCUGAACCAGGCCAGCGGAGAGCUGCAGCUCAGCAGGGACCUGGACAACAACAGACCUCUGGAGGCCUCCAUGAAGAUCCGAGUGAGCGAUGGCGUCCACCAGGUGACAGCUCUCUGCUUGCUACGCGUCUCCAUCGUCACCGACGACAUGUUGACCAACAGCGUCACCGUCCGAUUGGACAACAUGUCUCUGCAGCACUUCCUGUCCCCUCUGUUGUCUCUGUUUGUGGACGCUAUGGCUGCCGUCCUCUCCACCCGCCGAGACCACGUCUUCGUCUUCAGUAUCCAGAACGAUUCCCAGGUGGAGAGAAACGUCCUAAACUUGACGCUCUCCGCCAUGCAGCCGUCUGAGGACCAUGAUGCACUGGGAGGUGGCGUCUUGUCUUCUGAGACGCUGCAGGAGCAGAUCUACCUGAACCGGACUCUGCUGACGCUGCUGUCCAAUCAGAACGUGCUGCCGUUCGAUGAUAACGUCUGUCUGCGAGAGCCCUGCGAGAACUACAUGAAGUGUGUGUCGGCGCUGAGCUUUCACAGCACGGCAGCGUUCACGGCGUCCGACACGCUGCUGUUCAGGUCCAUCCAGCCGGCGGGGGGGCUGAGGUGCCGCUGCCCGCCGGGUUUCACCGGGGAAACCUGCAACAUGGAGGUCGACCAGUGCUACUCUUCCCCGUGUCUGAACGGAGGGACGUGUCACCGCACAGAGGGAGGAUUCAACUGUCAGUGUCCUCAGAGACUCAGUGGUGCACUGUGUCAAGUGGACUCUGGGUCUGGACGUUGUAUCUCAGGUGUGUGUAAGAAUGGCGGCAGGUGCGUCGACCUGCAGGUGGGCGGGUUCGUAUGUCAAUGUCCUGAUGGAGACUUUCAGACGGCGUACUGCGAAGAGACGAGUCGAAGCUUCCCGAGACGAUCCUUCAUCACCUACAGCGGCCUGAGACAGAGGUUCCGCUUCCACCUGUCCUUCAGGUUUGUGACCAGAGACAGGGACGCUCUGCUGCUGUAUAACGGGCGAUUCAAUCACAGACACGACUUCAUCGCUUUAGAGAUCGUCAGCGAACAGGUUCAGCUCAGCUUCUCUGCAGGUGAAAACCGGACCUCUGUGGAGACGUUUGUGGAGGGCGGAGUCAGUGAUGGAGAGUGGCACUCAGUUCACCUGCACUACUACAAUAAGCUGAGCAUCGGGCGUCUCGGCCCAUCUGGUGAGAAGGUGGCAGUGGUUGCCGUGGACGACUGUGACGUGGAGCUGGCGAUUCGUUUUGGCAGCCGGAUCAGAAACUAUUCAUGUGCAGCUCAGAGCGCUCAGACCGGCCCAAAGAAGUCGUUGGAUCUGACUGGACCUCUGCUUCUUGGCGGUGUUCCCGACCUGCCGGAGGAUUUACCAGUCAGGAGUCGAGACUUUGAGGGCUGCAUCAGAGACCUGAACAUCGACGGACGGCAGGUGGACAUGGCCCGGUUCAUCGCCAACAACGGCACCAACGCAGGGUGUUUGGUGAAGCAGGACUUCUGCAGCAGGACGUUCUGUCUGAAUGGAGGAGUCUGUGUGAACAGGUGGAGCUCUUACAGCUGUCAGUGUCCACUGGGCUUCGGAGGACAGAACUGUGAACACGUCAUGCCGUCCCCCCUGAAGUUUAACGGCAAGGCGUUGGUAUGGUGGGCGGAGCCAGAAGUGACCAUUAGCGUGCCGUGGUACCUGGGUCUGAUGUUCCGGACGAGACACAGAGCUGGAACCCUACUGAAGGCCGACGCUGGAGAAUCAUCCAGGAUCCAUCUGCUGCUCAGCAGCAGUCACCUGAGUUUCCAGGUGUUUGUGGGUGUAAAGCGAGUCGCUCUGCUGGACUUCCAUCAGACUCGAGUCGAUGACGGAGAGUGGCACCAUGUCCUGAUGGAGCUGAAGAGCAGCAAAGACGGAAAGGACGUCGAAUACAUGGCUGAGGUGUCUUUGGACUACGGCUUGUUUCAGCGGACGGUGGAGAUCGGUAACGAGCUGCCGGGUCUCAGACUGAAGAGUCUGUUUGUUGGAGGAUUGAUGAAGAAGAAUGGCUCGGUGGUGAACGGAUGGAGAGGCUGCAUCCAGGGUAUAAGGAUGGGUCAAACGUCCAUGAAGCUGGCUAAUGUUGACCUGCGGGGGGGCCAGAAGGUCGGAGUGGAGGACGGAUGUGACGUGGCUGACUCCUGCAGAGACGCCGUCUGUCCGCCGCACAGUCACUGUAAAGACCUCUGGAAAGGUCACGCCUGUAUCUGCCUGCCAGGAUUCUUUGGGAGAGACUGCGUGGACGCUUGUCUCUUAAACCCGUGCCAGAACAACUCCACCUGCGUCCACCAGCCGAGCUCCGCCCACGGAUACAGCUGUCACUGUGGAGACCGUUAUCAUGGAGACUACUGUCAGUACAGUGGUGAUUUCAGAUCAGACUUGCCGUGCGCUCGGGGCUGGUGGGGGGGUCCAGUCUGUGGUCCCUGUAACUGUGAUGUUUCUAAAGGAUUCGACAGAGACUGUAACAAGACUUCAGGAGAGUGCCGCUGUAAGGAGAAUUAUUUCCGUCCACACGGCGGAGACUUUUGCCUCCCCUGUGACUGUUUCCAGCUGGGCUCUGUGUCUCGGACCUGUGACACUCAGACCGGUCAGUGUCUCUGCAGGACAGGUGUGAUCGGACGUCAGUGCAACACCUGCGACAACCCGUACGCCGAGGUCACAUCCAGAGGCUGUGUGGUUGUGUAUGACGUCUGUCCGAGGGUGUUUGAAUCAGGACUCUGGUGGCCGAGGACCAAAUUUAAUCAACCUGCAGCUGUGAGGUGUCCCCGAGGCUCCACAGGUACUGCAGUACGUCACUGUGACGAGCAAAACGGCUGGCUUCGCCCCCUUCUCUUCAACUGCACUUCACUGAGCUUCAGACACCUGCACUACCAGGAGGAGGAGCUUCAGAGAAACGGGUCACGGUUAGAUGGUGAGAGGUCGCGGAGGAUAGCUGUGAUGCUGCGAGAAGCGACCAAUGAGAAGGCAACUCUUCACGGCGGUGACCUGCAGACGGCGUUCAGCCUGCUGAGUCUGUUGCUACAGUACGAGAGCCAACAACACGGCUUCAACAUGGCUGCCACACAGGACCGCCACUUCCACCAGAAUAUCGUUCAGGCCGGUAGCGUCCUUUUGGAGCGGAGCGGCGAGCUGCAGCAUCAGGUUCAAAGGUCAGAGGGCGGAGCUUCACGUCUGCUGACGAACUUUGAGCUUUAUGCCCAAACUCUGGCAGAGAACAUGAGAAAGACCUACCUGAAGCCCUUUAUCAUCCGAACGCCAAACAUCAUUUUCUCGGUGGACUUCCUGGACGGCAGCAGGAUGAAGCCCCGCCUCUCUGACAUCCAGACUGAACUUCCUGUUGACCUCCAGGCAGCCGUCGACGUCAUUUCACAUGAUGACUUUAAAACUGUGCCAGUUUCCAUGGAGACGCCAGCUGAACGGCCUGGUGAUGUGAGUCAGACUAUGUUGCCUCCGUCUGAUUCGUCCAUUAAAAAGAGGCGUCACACGGAAGCCUGGAGCUCGCCACUGGUUGCUGUGGUGAUCGUCUACAGAACUCUGGGAGAUCUGCUGCCCCAGAGCCCAAGAGCGGCGAGUCAGCCCGUCAUCAAAACACCUGUUGUCACCAUGGUAAUGUCCGGCGAAGGUGUGUCCUGGCCCCGCCCCAUCACCCUGCAUCUCCGCCUACUGGAGAGCGAGGGCCGAGCGAGGCCGCGAUGUGUCAUCUGGAGUCACUCAGCAGGGGUGAACGGGUCUUGUGGCUGGUCUUCUGCAGGUUGUGAUCUCAUCGGAAGGAAUGAAACUCACGUCACCUGUCGCUGCGUUCAGGCGUCCAGUGUUGCCGUGGUGAUGGAUGUCUCCAGGAGAGAGCUACCUCUGAAGCGCCUCACCUUCACCUCCCUCUCCUCCUCGCUGCUCCUCCUCCUCAUCACCUUCGUCCUCCUCCUCGGCCUCACUGACCUGCAAUCCAACCUGCACAACAUCCACCUGAACCAGGUGACCUCCGUCUUCCUGUCACAGCUUGUCUUCCUGCUGUCCAUCGACCGAACACAGAACCAGUCCGUGUGCAAGCUGGCAGCCAUCUUGCUGCAUUACUGCUGCAUGUGUUCGUUCUGCUGGAUGCUGGUGGAGGAGCUGCACGUCUACCGCAUGUUGACCGAGACCCGCAACAUCAACCACCGCCACAUGACCUUCUACUACGCUAUUGGCUGGGGCAUCCCUGCUGCCAUCACAGGUCUCUCUGUGGGUCUGGAUCCUGGUGGUUUUGGGAGCUCAGAGUUCUGCUGGCUGUCUGUUCAGGACUCUGUACUGUGGACCGUCGCUGGACCCGUCUCUGCUGUCCUCACGGUUACCAUGGUUAUGUUUGUCCUGGCUGUCAAACAGUCCGUAGGAAAGAAACAGCUGAUCGCUGAGACGGCUGCUCUCAGCUCCUCUCUGAGGUCGGCCAUCUUGUUGGUGUUGCUCCUCAGCGCCUCCUGGUUGUCUGGUCUGAUGGCGGUCAACAGUGAUGUCAUUUCCUUCCACUACCUGUUCUCCGCCUUGAGCUGCCUGCAGGGCGUCUGCUUCUUUUUCUCCUACUGUGUGUUCAACAGAGAGCUGAGGAGGAACCUGAAGGAGCUUUUCAUCAGGAAGAAGUCCGGCAGAGAGCUCAGGAACAACCAUGCUGCCGCCCUGACUCGCUCUCUGAACAGGAAGCAGUCGUUCCCUGGGGAUGAAGGUCUUUAUCGAACCGCCAUCGGAGAGUCAAUGGCAUCUCUGAACAGGAACCACUCAGGACUGAAUUGCCCCCCCUCUUCUGGCUCCAUCAGGAAGUGUUUCCACGAUAACAACAACUCCCUUAUCUUAACCCGGAAACAGUUCAGAAAAGAGUCUUGCAGCUCAGACAGCAGCUCUGACGCGUCACUACACUCGUCUGACGGCGAGGACGAACAUCUGAGGAACAACCAGAGACAAGAAGAGAAGGACAGCACCACACAGCAGGGUCAAACUCUGUCCAAUCACGUGAGGCCUUACUGGCAGGUAGAGCCCCCCACAGCCGCUGACAGCGAGCGGCUCAGUGAGGGAGGAGGUGUAGUUGGGGAGGUGAAUCAACUGAACAACCAAUCAGUUGCUGAGAAUGAAGCCCUGCCCACCACACCUGACGGCAGCCAGCAGCCAAUGAGAAGACGAGGGAUCUUAAAGAUGAGGACUCCUCCUUCCCCCACAUUGGCAAACAGGAAGUACCUCCUCAGUGAAUCCCCGUCCCCUGGCUGCCCUGCCGCCUACUCUCCAUCCAAUCUCAGCCUGCGUCAGGUUGCCGGGGGAAACAGAGUCCUCGUUAAAGUCAUCCCACCAUCUACACUGCUGCAGACACGCCCACCCCUGUCACCACGCCAACAGUACAGUGGCGUCACCAAGAUGACCAGGACAAGGCUGGCGAUUGUGGGUGGGACCGAAGACGAACACGAAUCCGAUUGCAGCGAUGAAACUUCGGUCUGAAGAUGAACCUGAAGCUGCUGAAACAGGAAAUAGUGAAGAAGACGAUCAUGUCACUUUGUUUGGUAAAAGCUGGAGGUCAAAGGUCAAGCUCCAUCACUCCAACAUGGGAAGUGAGUUCUCACGGACCUCUACAGAGCAGCUCCAGACUCCACUUGGAGGUUUACCUGCUGGAGGUGGAAGGCUGCGUGAUCACUUUAAAUGACCUUAAAUCUACGAUCAUGUGAUUGGCUGAAGCAGAAGGAGCCCUCUGAUUGGCUUCAGAUAAUUUCCUGUUGGGCAGUCUCAGUUCACACACACGACGAGCAGUUUGUUAAUGCAGAUAUCACAGUUGGUGUGUAAAUUUAACAACAUCCAAAUAUCUGACGUAUUUAAAGCCAGGUCUGUUCUGUGAUGCAUCAAACGUUCAGGGAAGUCGAUCUGUAAAGUUUUGUAACAGAUUGUUGAUGCAGAUGUGGUUUAUUUUUGAUAUUUGUAUGAAUCAGACAACUGAUGUUUGUUUUUUUAAAUAUGUGUUUGGAUUAUAAAAUAAAAGUUUUUGAUUAUAUCAUUA